AUGCCCGAGACAACUGCCAGCGACCACAACGUGACCCCUGUGAGCGUCGAAGUCGAGCAGGCUAGCGCCAGUGGCAACGCGCAUCAAUUCAUCGGAAACGUCUUUGACAACAGCAGGACUCAAAUUUUCAAGUCACCAGGGCCUCCUCUCACUCUCUGGCAAGCCCAUUACAAGAGCAAGGCCAACGAAGAUCAAGACUAUUGCUAUGAUGGAACGAGAUCAGAACUGCUGGAUAAUCUCAUGAGAAAGGUCACCGCUCCUGGAGCUGGAGACAUGAUUUGGCUCAAAGGGCCAGCUGGCUUUGGCAAAUCUGCAGUUGCCAAGACGCUUUGCCUUCGAUUGGAUCAACCUAUCCCUCGCACUGAAGGUUCAGGAUCAUCGUCGCCGGAAUUCCAGCUUGGGGGGAGCUACUUUUUCAGGAGAAUCGAUCCUGAACGAAGUAACAUAAACAAGUUCAUCAUUACAAUUGCUGACCAGUUCGCCGAAAAGAUUGAAGGCUUCCGGUCCUGUAUCCCGGACUACAAUUCAAAGCAACUUAGCGAGAUGAACUCAGAGGAGCUAUUCAAAAAGCUCAUUGUGGACCCAUCCAAACGAUUGUCGAAGCCUAGCAUUGCUAUCAUUGUCGAUGCGCUGGACGAAUGUACGACGUCGGUAUCUAAAGUUCUCGAAAUACUGUCAAACUUUCGGGAUCUUCCAUCUAUACGUGCCCGAGUUGUCUUUACAAGCCGUCCUUUACCAAUGCUUGAAAAUAUUGGCGAACAGUUUCAGCUCAAGCCAGAAUUCAUGGUGGACCUUGAUGAUGAUGGCAUCGUCACAGAAUCGCGGGAGGACAUAUCCCUCUUCUUGAGGAAGAAGUUCCAGGGGAUGCAAACGCCAGCCACAAGAAAGGGUGGCCAAUGGCCCUCGGAGAAAGACUUCAAUCGCGCCGUUUACCUUGCCACCAAUCCAAAGCCUCUUUUUAUCUACGCCGUCACCAUGUGCCGCUUUGUUGAAAACCAGUGGGCCGACCCUUGCUACAUGUUAAAGCAGUGGCUGGAGACGAAUCAAGACAACGACUCUUCCACCCAUGUGCCGAUUGGGAAUAAUGGCCAACUGUUUUCAAUGUAUCGGAACAUCUUCCGCGAAAUAGUAGACCGAGGUUUGCACGAUGCAGACGUCCAACGCUUGAGGCUUAUUGUCCACAGCGUAUGUGCUAUUACAGUUGAGCUUUCCACGGCAGACCUAUUACGCUUACUCGAAUCUGCCGAUAUGGAUCAUGAUCUCUUGCUGCUGCGAAGGAACAUGCAGUCGAUCCUGGACAUCCCUCGUGGCGACGACCUGGAUUCACCCGUGAAGAUAUAUCACAAGUCACUCCUUGAUUUUCUCAAGCAGUCGGAAGCUGAAGAUUGCAUUUUCUACCCGUACAAUGAUAGUCUGUCUGGUCUCGAACUGGGCGAAAAGUGCUUGACCCUGAUAUCAGAGCUGGUUCGCAAAGAACGCCAAGAUGGGCUCGAGAUUGACAAGUGCGACAAGAAAGUCGCGGAGUUUGCCUACAGAAAGUGGGCAGAAUUCCUCACCUCCUAUAACGGCCAACUUUCUGAAGGAUCCCGCGCGAUGCACCUACUUCAAGACUUCUUGACGUGCGAUUUCCACACUGUUUUCAGAGUCGGUUACGUUAAUGACAUCUUCGAUUACGGAGUUGGCCUAGACCUAGUCAAACAGCUGCCACGUCUUGCAGAGACACAGCAAAGUCCGUCGCUGAGGGCGAACCUGAAAGAGGCUACCACUUUUAUCAUGGACAUGGUUCGCUUCCAAGACGGUCUGUGGUUAUUUGAGAGCUAUCAGAGUGCCCUCAUCUUCGGUUCCACAAGCCACUCUCAUCCACAGAACAGUCGAUUUUGGCAAGACCCCCAAGCAAGCGUGCAAACAUACACGCUGCGAGACUCCACUGAGGAAGAGGCCCUUUCUCCGGUAUCUUUCCAUUUCUCGCGAGAUGCCGCGAUCUUCGUCGGAUUAUUCUCCGAUAAAUCGAUUCGUCGCUGGAAUCGUGGCCCUGGCGAGGUUGGCCUCCGAUGGAACUUCAGUUCCAUUUGCAGAUGUACUCGCGGUUUUCCAGUGCCAAGCCCACGAGAACAUGAAACCACGACGCUUUCCGCGAAUGGAUCUGUUAUUGCAUACAACACGAUGACUGGUGUAGAGGUAUGGAACACGCAGUCUUCUCACAGCCGCCUUCUUCCCCAUCUUUCUAUGUCAAAGAACCGGUUCUUGGCAAUUUCGGAGGAUGGAUCUCGGUUGGCGGCUUGCUACGACCCCGACAAGCGCGGAGCAGCCCGGGCCGUGACGUGGAAUGUCUCUGAUGUCAGCAAUCCCCGGGGCGUUCCAUUUUUUCUUUCACCGAUUGUCAAUGUUUUCACUUCUGCAUGGGAGACGCUAGUGUCGUAUUUCCCAUCUCUUACCCGUGUCUUGCCAUCCUACUGUAUCAGUCGGACCUUUGAACCAAAGGGAGACAUUCUAGGCGGCAUCGCAUUUUCACCAAGUGGCGAGCGACUGGCAAUCUUUUCAUUCUCACAUCAGAAAGAUGAUGAUGGCGACAGAAUUCUCAUCUUCCAGACGUGGGACACUGCGACCGGAAAAUAUGCGCUGCACCGCAUUCUCGGGAAUGAGCUUGAUUCACAAUUCUUCGAUUCGCAGGGUAUUCCGCCAGACAUGCUGUGUUUGAAUAUCACAUUCUGGGGCGAAGACGAGAUUGCAAUUCUAUGGGAAGGUGAUGCGUUCGAAGAGCCCGUCAAUAUUGUUGAGUUCUGCCGUCUCAACCCUGUUCACAGAGAUAGAACGACCGUAGCAGUCCUGAGGCAUGACCAAGAAUUGGGUAACGAGUGGUUGAAGCCAGAGCCGUUCUGGAUAGACAACGCAACUAAGUCCAUCCAUGUUUCUCAGGGCUGGUUCAGAUUUCAUGGGAAUAUCGACAUGGGUGACGAGUUCGUUAUGGGAAUCAUCGAAAGCUUUGGGUUAUCAGCCGGCAAUCCUGACGCCGAUAGAUGGCCCAGACUUGUUGCGAGUAGAGACUCCUUCAUCGCGAAUGGGAGGCGUCAUCGUAAAUAUUUAGAUUGCUUGGCUGUUCUGGAACACUCCGGGUUUUCUGUGUGCAGUCAGCACACGUUUGCCGGAUACAACAAGAAUAAUGGCGACCUGAAGUUUGUAGAGCUUUAUAAGGGGAAGGGGUAA